AUGGACCAAAUGAACAAGGAAACAAAGUAUAUAAUAGGGUUGUUUGAGAAGGAAAAUUCAUAUUCCAUUAUACCUAUCGGUUGGUUGAAAAAAUCAAAAGAUGGAAUUUUAAACUGUUCAUGGCCCAAUGCUAGUCGUGUUACGGCAAUGUCAAUCAUGAAAGGAGGAAAGCCUUCGCAUAAAUGGACCACCCAUCCUGUCAAACUUAUAGAAGAAUUUGAUUCAUAUGAAGCAGCUGCUGCAAAAGAAAUAGAAUUGUUUAUAUCAUCAGGUGCAGAGUCUCAAAGUGAUUCAGACACUGAAAACAAUGAAGUUCAAGAAGAUGAUUAUAAUGCCAGUUUGUAUUAUUUUAUAAAAUUAGUUUUAGAAUUUAAUUCUCUAGGUUCCAGCAGUGAGGAAGAACCUUUACAAAUUAAGAGAAAACAAUCAACUUCUGAACCAAGUAAAAAGUUCAAAAAGCAACUAAUUCCAGACAAAAACAAUGAUUGUAAUAUUAUAUCCUCUGCUGUAAACACAUCAAUUGGCUUGAACACUGGUUCCAAUAUUAUUGGCUCUAGUAACUAUUUACCUGCUGUUUCAAAUUUAAGCUCCACAUUGCUUAAUGGCAUUACUCCUGAAAUGUUUAUUGGGGAUCAUUAUAAUGAUAUGACACUAGGUGAUCAAUAUUCUGGAAAUGCAGAUUCAUUUGAACAACAUCACAUUUCUGUUGGAGGUACAAGUACAGCAAACGAUGUUGGUGUAUUAAAUAUGACUGAGUUGAAUAGGUUUGAGUCAGAUUUUCAAACAAAUAAAAUGGAUGAAAUACUUCAUACAACAAACAUGUAUUUCACUAGAAUGGAUAGAAAGUUAGAUAUUAUUAUAGACUAUAUAAAAAGUAAUCCGAGUGCAAAUGUGAAACCACCUACAUUAGACUCAAAUUUUUUAGACUUAUUUCCUUUGAACGAUUUAGAGUCUCUUAAAUCUUUUAAUGAAUCUUUAAAAAAUGAUGAUGAAAACUUGACUAAAUUGAUAAAUUUAAUUAAAUCUAUUGGCGGCUCUGACACAAAACAUUUUAUCAAGAGAGUACUACAGAAAUUAUUUUCCAAUAAAUUGGCUACACUUUGUUCAUGGACAGGACAAAAAAACAACUAUCGACUCGUCGACCAUCAAAUUAUAAAAGUCAUGAAACAAAUUUCAAAUGAGCUUUAUCAGAAUGAUGAAAAUAUAUUUGAAAUUCAUGUAAAAGAUUGGUUCAGGCAUGGUUCCCAGCGUCAUAAAAAAGAAACUAGUACAGGUUGUAUUCCACGCCAAAAACGAAAAUCCAUUGAAAACAUGUCUAUUCGACAUUUUAAACGGCUUCAAUUAUGUACAAAACAACCAAAAAAAGUAUCCCAAGUAGAAGAGGUAUGUAGUAUUUCAUCUGAUAACUGUUUAAAUUCAGCUAACAUGGAUAAAAUAAUAGAAACAACUGUGGUCGAACUAACUGAAAACUGUAAUAAUAAUACACAACAGCUUAUACCUAAAAUGGAUUUUUGUAAUAAUAAACAAAUUAACUUAUUACUUGAUGAUUUAAGAUACAAAAUAAAUACAGCUGAUACAUUAAAUCCCCAAGUCAAUUCUAAUAAUGAUGAUAGUUCUAGUAUUAAAAAUAAGCUCCAACAGUGGGUUCUAGCUUACAAUGUAAAAAAAAAUAGUGUAAAUAGUUUAUUAAAGAUUUUACGAUCUGAAGGAUUGGAUUUGCCAAAAGAUGUUAGGACUUUGAUGCAUACUCCAAGGUCACAUGAUAUAAUUUGUAUGAACCCUGGAACUUAUAUUCAUUUAGCACACAGUUCUAAACAACAAUUUUGGCCAAUACUUUGUUCAAUUAUAAAUGUACCUUUUCUAUCUAAAUUAGUUUUUGCUAUUGGCUUAUAUUUUAGUACACUUAAAAAACCAGAGUCUAUAGAUGACUUUUUGAAUUUGUUUAUAAAUGAAGCUAUAGAAUUGGUAAAAUAUGGAAUUAAUGUUGAUGAUAAGGUAUUACGUAUAAGUAUUAAACAAUUCAUUUGUGAUUCUCCUGCCAAGGCGUUUUUGCUUAAUGUGAAAGGACAUAAUUCUCGUGUAGGAUGUAAUACAUGUUUAGAGGAAGGUGAAUAUAAAGAACAUAGAAUGGCAUUUUUGGGAGUGAAUGCUGCAUUGCGUACUAACGAAAGUUUUAGAGCAAGGAGUGAUGACGAGUACCAUAAAGGUAAUAGUCCUUUGGAACGUUUGCCGAUUGAUAUGAUUGAAUCCGUACCAAUUGAUUAUAUGCAUGCAGUUUGCUUGGGGGCAAUGAAACGCCUUUUAAAGUUUUGGGUGAGAGUUCCACUAGAAUCAUUUAUAAUUGGCUCAGUCAUUGUUGAUAUUACAUCCCAGUCUAACUUGAAAUGCAUAACCAUUAAUGAUAUUAAGUAUAAAUGUUUUUUUGUUCCUUUAUCAACUAAUAAGGCAGUUGUUAUGUCUUUAAGUCAUAAUAUAUUAUAA